UUUGAAUGAUGUUUUGUCUUGUUUUCCUUCAUUACAUUCGAAUGUAAUUCAUGGCUCCCCACAUCUUCAUUGACAGCGUGACUUGUUCACAUGAUAUAUGCGCUAUUUCCGAGUGUUUGGGCGUGAUUUCCUGGUUAACCCAACUCUUACUCCUCUUACUGUAGUUACAAAAGAAUCUGCGAAUUAGUAGUUUAAUCGAAUUAAUCGUCGUUAAGGUAUUUGCGCUUCAGAUGUUUUCAUCCAAAUUGUACAAAAACACUGUAAAGGGAAUAGUGUGCUGUGUCUCUUAUACUAGUGUCUAACUUUACCCUUGAAAAGUUUAAAUUUUAAGGGUACGCUUUCAAUAUUCAGAUGGCGGAUUCUCUAGAUCAGAUGAUAAUGGUAGAGAUUUGGACCUACCUUUCAUUCUUCUUCUGGUAUAGAAGAAUAUCAAAAUGGCUUCUGCAUUAUGCCACUGGCUGUUGUGAGUUGCAAAGAAUAUGCAACAAAACCCAACAUGGUGCGGCAAGAACUAAAUCAAUAGAGGAAUCCUUGAGAAGUUCCAGGACUAAGGCCCUUAGCGAGCUUCCUGAUAAGUUAAAUGUGAAAAUUGAGGAGGCUGUCAUGUUGGUUAUGACAAAGAAAAAAAUUGAUGUUGGUCAGGAAAAAAUGUUUUAUGAUGCAAUGCGUGUGUGCUUGAAUCAAAUAUGUGGAUACACAGAGUUGUUUAAAAUUGUAGAGGAGAAUAGGCAAGUGAAGUACUCCUCAGAUAAUGAAAGUCACGAGAAGAAACUCAUGGAGCUUUGGAGUAACAUGAUGCCAAACACAAAACUAGAGGAGCGAAUAACAAAACAGUGGGGUGAGAUUGGAUUCCAAGGCAAAGACCCAAUGACUGACUUCAGAGGAAUGGGAAUACUUGGACUAGACAAUUUAUUAUACUUUGCAUCAAAACAUACACCUGCUGCAAGAAAAGUCCUCUCAAGUUCACACCAUCCACAUUAUGGAUACUCUUACGCUAUAGUUGGCAUCAAUAUUACAGGAAUGGCUUACCGGCUUCUGAAGACUGGAGCACUGAGGACUCAUUUUUACAACUGCAAACAGGGAAAACCAACAAUGGAUGACUUUAAUGAAGUUUUUUGUUAUUUGCUCUUUGAAUUUARCUCCUUCUGGUUCAAUGAAAAACCAGAAAGUGUCAUGGAGUUCAACAGAAUCAGAGACAAGUUUGAAGAAAAAGUUACAAAGAUGUUGAGUGCUGAUAUCAAUAUACAGCUAACAUUGAAAUACAGGGAUAUUAGUGAUUUAGCUUCUCUGUCAUCUGUCACUUCACUUGAUACACAUUUUUGAUGUUCCGUAAGUUCCCUUUUCAUGGUUCCUUCCGUAGCAUAAACAGACCCAGUCAUUCUUCAGAAAGGAUGGAAAAGAAGACAAAUAAUAAUAUUAGACACUAGCUAGUGAGCCACACUUAUACAACUUUGGGAUAUCCCAAUAAAAAAAGGCAAUUUUUGAUAUUUUGGCUGUUUUGAAAUCAUGGAUCAAUUUGUCUCAUCAUUUUCAUAUCAUUUCACAUCACAGCAUUAUCUGAAUUUAUAUGCUUUUAUGGUAAUUGAAUGUAAAUAAGAAUCAUUAUAAAGAUUAAUAAAUGGGAAAUUGCAUAAUAGUCCCUUCCACAGUUCCCUGCUGCAUCUUGAAAGGUAGCCAAGCCUUUGCAUUCAGAAGUCUCUAUCAUUGGCAGCUCACUGUUCUUCUCGCUUUAAUGCACGGCUACCUUUCAAGAUGGCACAGGGAUCGGUGAAGGGGAUUAUUGGCGGCAUGACUCCUAAAUGACUUCCAGAUCAAACUUGCACAUGGACAUGCCUAGUUUUCUGCAAGGAUUGAUAUGUUCAGAUCAAAGUGGAAGCCAUUUAGACAUCAUGCUACCAUUUACCCUGGUUUGGCUUUCCUGGAUUCAGUUCCAUUCUAAUGCCUUUGACACAUCUGAUCAUUUAGAUACAGCCUAGACUGAAUCACUGCCACUCGGGGUAUAUAAAAAUUUUCUAAUACAUUACAAUAUAAAAUAUAUUUAUUGUCAAUUUAAAAAUAUAUUUAAUACUAAGCAGUUUUCUAAGCAAAAUAUGCUUAGCAUAAAGCAACAAGGGCAUAAUUUUUAUUGAAUAUAAUUUAUAAGAUGUAUGAAGUCUGUACCCAUAUUUAACAUGGCUCCUAAUACUUUGUUGUAAUUGUCAUGCUUAUUUUUACUUUUAUUGGAGACUUGUAGAAACCAAUAUAGAAAAACCCAUACUAGUAUCUAGAAAAAUACCUUCCAAAAUCCACUGGAAUUCACCCUAUAAGCCCAGCUUUUUUGAGUUUGAAAAACAUAAUGCUUUGUGGUCGAGCUUUAGUAAAAACAACACUAUCUAAGGCAUGGUGAACAAAAGAUGUUUGUACUCAAGGUAUACCAUAAUGCACCAUGUUUUCUAUCUGAGAAAAGGUCUAUUUUGCUGUUUUUCAUUCAUUUCAAUUUGCAGGCAACUGUGGUAGUUAUGUAUGCAGCCUGACUUAAACUUCUGUCCCAGUAACCAGAGGUAAAACCAGGCUGCACACAACCUAUGUGUUACUUAGACCAUACCUAAAUAUUAUUCUAUCUUGUCAUUAAAACUUAUUGUUUAUGUACUGUACAUAGGUUGAAAUACCCAAAAGAUGCUUGAAAUUAGUACUUGAGAAUUUCUUAUUGUGAACCAUUUGUAAGCUGUAUCUAAGCUAAUGCUAAGCACCUGAGCCAUUAAAAUAACAUUGCAAUUUCA